AUGGAGGCCCCAGCUUCAACCCACCGAUCCCAAAUUUUGGGCCGUUCGUCCAUGUUCCGAUUUUUCCGUCGCCUGGUGAGGAAAAAGAGCCACUCGAAACGCACUGACAAGGGACUGGCAAGAGGUCGGGCAUGUUCCUCAAAAGAGCAGGGUGCUGUUGCCCUGAGGACGGGUCACCAGGGCCAAAUGGAGAGGAAGGAGCCCAAAGUGCCCUCCAUGCUGCCUGGCACCCUCGGAGUGGCUGCUCCCAAGGGGUCCCAGAAAGACCUUUCAUAUCUGGGGAUGGGGGACACGUCGACCCAGACACUCGCCUCCACGCAGACCCUGCAGGUGCUGGCCCAGGACAAAGAGGUGAGGUCAGUCCUUUCCAGCAGAAGCCAGGACAGCCUGCCUGAGAAGGAAAAGGAAGGGGAGGUGAAGAAUGAGGCAACAGAGCAGGCCUCCAGGCAGACCGAGGUCACAGGCAGGAACCUGACAAACUUUCCAUUUCCUUUCAAGGAAGGCGUGCCCCGUGAAAAAGAGAAAAGGGAGGAAGAGGAAGUGGAGGAAGAGGACAACGUAUUUAACCUCUGUGUCCCAGACAUUGUCACCCUUCAGCCAUCACUACAGCGGAUUUUUAGGUCUACAGAUACAGUGGGUUUUAUGGAGUCCGAGUUGAAGAGGCUCCUGGCAGUGAAGCGGGAGUCCCGCCUCUGGAAAAUGGGCAGCAAAGAGGGCCGGGAGCUGCUGGCUCAGCCAGAGAUCACCCUGGAGGAGGCAGGCAUUGUGAACGGUCAGCACCUGCUGUUGGAGGAGAUGGAUGAAAUGGGGAACUGGCCUCCAGAGUGA